AACACGACAACUGCCGGAGUCUACCUGACGAGGGGAAGUACCUCUUCACAAGGACCUCCCUCCCCUGCCCAGCUGCGAGAAACCUAGGAUUUAGCCAUGUGAAAAAAAAACAAUUGUACUGGGUGGACUUCGGAGAUGAGUACCCAUCCAUUUAGAUGCCAGUGGUCUUUAAUUGUUUUCACUCUCGCUCUCUCUCUCUCUCUCUCGUGAGUUGGAACAACAUGGCUGCUGAGAUUGCGCAGAAAGAAUGAAGAGUUAAUAAAAAUUCUGCAUUUUUCCCCUCUCUGGAUUUCUGAAGGAUCUAGAUUGUAUUUUUUGGAGUCUACCCCACCCCCACCACCCCGCCUCCCCCUCCCUCUCUUACACACAUAUUCCCCGUGGAGCAGAUAAAGAAGACCCGGGAAGCAGAAAAUGACUGCAGGUGGGAACCACAGUUUGGAGCAGGGAGAGGUUAAAAUGCCUGCAAAUACCCCAGGCAGCUGAUCUGCACAGAGUCUAAGGAUAUCGCCAAGGACAACAUCCAUGCCAGAUGCUCUUCAUGGAUUCACUUUCUGGAAGACUAAUCUUGUGUCUGCAACGGAGACCAGACAGAGGCUCAACUGAUAUCUCGACCAAACCCUCCCUUGGUAUCACUCUGCAGCAAGAGUCUUGAAUUUGCGUUAAAAUCUAUGGCGUGGGACUUCGGAGGUGAGCACAAUCCACAUACCCACCGGUGACAGCUCCAGGCAUCUUUGGCUCAGUAGGGCAAAGUGAGAAGACAUGCAGUCCUUCCGAGACCCUGGGGGCUUCCAAGGUGCCCAGCAAAACUUCCAACAGGUACGGGCCGACCCUGCCCGCAUGGACACUUACAGGCAGCAGAACUCUGUAGCCCAGACCUAUGAGGCUCAUCGGAUCAGCUCAAAGGAGUAUUACAACCAGCAAGCCUUCCAGGGUUACAGCACCAAUGCCACCGGCAGUUACUUCAGUGGCACUAAACAAGUCCCUGCCCAACACCCACAGAGCAGAUCUUCCAAUUACCAGAGCAGUGGCUACUCCAGACAGUUUCAGAGUGAAGGGCAGCCCUCGAAGUGGGGGUCUCCGGCCUCUUCAGUCGGAGGACUGUCCCAGUACGUGCAAGACUCUUUUAAAGGUUCCGUCCCUUCGACAACCAGCGUGGCUGCCUACCCCCAGCAGCACAUGACAGGCGGUGCUGCCCAGAACCCGCCAGGUCCACACACUCAUUUCAUUCAGCAGCCUCAUCACAAGCCUGUGAUGCACCAGGCCACCACCUACGUCCCCCGAGCAGCCCACUUCAACCAGGCAUUUCAGUCCUCACCCAGCUCCUACCCCACCGUCCAGGAUUACAGCAAUUCCUCCCGCUCCUACGAAGGCUUCGCACAAGUGCCCAUAAGCUCCCGGUAUGACCAGCAGGCCGGGGGCACACCAGACUAUUCCACCCAAGCCAGCUAUGCGUACAAAGCUGCCAUUACCAAGCCUGGGGGGUUCGAGCAGAGUAAAGUGGCUCAUGUCAAACAACAAAACCUUCAGUAUCACAACCAGACAAAAAUGCACCUUUUAAACCAGUCACCACAAGUCUACUACCAGCCUGAUGCUCCUGUGAAAUCUCCAGAGCAAUUCUAUCAGACCUUUAGCCCAACGUCCACCCACUCUUCUGUCUCCACCGUGGUAAGAUCCCCGUCUUACAGCUCCACUCCAUCUCCACUGAUGCCCACCCCUGAGGCUCUGCAGUUUGCACCCCCCUCUGAAGGGGGUUCCAUAGCGCCUGACCUCAAGAGCAAUAUUUCCCACCUGAUACCCACCGUCGCCAAUUCCACCAACCAGAUCUCCAGCAAGAGCCAGGCUGAUGCUUGCAAGGUCUUCCUCAAGGAUAAAAUUCCUGAGAAAUUGCUAUCAGACGGAGCUUUCAGCAGCCUGGUAGCACUGAGCUCACAGGUGGAAAACAUCCCCAGGACAGUCCAACAGCUCUUGCUGUCCAACACGUUGGCUCCUCACAGGAAGAUAGCCAAACGGCUGCCCAAGAAGUCAGAACUGUUAAAGGAGCUGAAAAGCUCCAAGGAAAGCAUGUAUUCAGAAGAAGCACUAUCGGCACAGACCGACCUGCAGGAGGGUGACUAUUCCAGCAGCCCUGACGAUCAGAUGCAGAAGGGCCAUUUCUUUCAGAACCACUCCGUCAAUCUGGAUGCCCUGAGGAAGAACCUGGACUCCAUCCUGGCCUGUUCUGUAACCUCUCCCAAUGAGGUGGUGGCAGAAACCAAAGCCAAUGACUCGGGGCUGAGCAAGGAAAACUGUUCUGCUUCUUCAGGCUUGUCCACGCUGGUGGCGGAUGGGCAACCGAGCCUUUUUGGGAAAGACGACACAAAGGCCUCCAGUGUCAUUAUUCUCAAGGACUCCUUCAAGGAAAGAUUGGAACCAGAACUUAAAUUCAAUCAUCUUGAGGAGGACAAAGAAAGCAAGGGCUCUCCGUUAAACUUGGAUAGUGGUGAUAACUUUUAUGGCCAUCUCACUCGGCCAAAGCAAUUGGGCCAGACUCUCAGCUCAGACUGUAACGAGGGGAGAGUUAAGGGUGACUACUCAAUGAUGACAAAGGGGUUUGGUGAUAGUUGUAGUGAAUCUCAGUUUUUCCCCAAUAGAAUGGACAGCACUAACCUCUUACAGCCGUUGGCAGGGGAUUACAAAGAUAAUUUGGUUUCCUCUCUGUCCAGCAGUAACCAUCAGUACUGCUCCUCGCUGAUAUCAAGUGCCUCACAGGAUCUGGAAAAGCUGAAUCUUUUGGACUUGCCUGAUAAGAGAGGGAAGGAGCAGUCAGUGGAGUGGGAGGAAUUGGAGGCUGUUACUCCUGAGUGUGACCUUCAAAAGCAGUUCCUCCAGAAAGUACACGUCAGCUCCAAAGAGCAGAGUCCUUUUCAGGCAGACUUGACCCAUGCAGGGUUCACCCAAGCUUUGGAAGGGAUGAAGGAAGCUGACGAGAGAGACUCUAAGGACAUCGAUAGCAGGAAUUCUGAACUGAGACUUCUGGCCCCAGAACAGGAGCCACCAAAGACUGACCUGGCAGAUGAAAAGGAGACAGCAACAGAACCAGAUGAUUCCAUGGUCCCACAAGAUCAGGCCACUGCUUUAUCUGAGAGAAAAUCUGUUAUCUGUGAUACCUCUCCCACGCGAGUUGCUGCCAAAGAGGUUGUUCCUUCACACACACAGGGGAACAGUGGCGUAACAGAGGGCAAACCAAGUGGGGCAGAGAGCAGUGAGGACAAAGUGGGUCUGAGUGCUGGUCCCCGCCUGCUGGGGCCCUCUGUUAUUCAUGUGGGACCAGCAAUACUGGCAGAGUCAAAGGUUGACCAGGAGGAGACCUCAGGAGCUGAGGGCUUCCCAGACCACCUGACAGAAGAUACCUUGGAGCCCAAGGCAGCAGAGACAACUGAGCUGCCGGCACUCUCCUCUGAUCUAAUCAACUCAGCGUUAACUGAAAUAGAAAAUGGUCCCACCAAGGUGUCGGGAAGCAGAGGUGGCCGAGUCCGGAGAUUCUCGUCAAGAGUGGCACAAGGAACUGGGCCGAGGGGCAAAGAGCAUUCGCUGUCACAGCAAGAAGACAACCUCCAGCAUCUAAAGAUGGUACCUACCAAACCGAGGUGUUUGGGGCCCCUGAGAGAUCGAGCUAAAGGCAAAACCCUGCAGGAGGGGAGUGCUGCCGCUGAGGCAGUCGUGAAUGUGCCCACCCGAAUGUGUACCCGAUCCUCCAGUGCCCUGCUUGACACAGAACUGAGCCUCCAGUCGCGGGCUCUUCUGAGAAGGAAGAUGGGCUCUCAGAGAGAAGAUGGGUCAAGGGAGCUAAGCUCCAGGCAGCGGCCACCCUUGGAUUCAGACAAGUGUCUGAUCCACAGGCAAGGUCUCAGUGCAAGUGUCCGAGCACACCUCGCUCCCUCGGUGGCCCAGGUUCGGCCCAGCUGCACUGGCCACCCUGAUCAACAGCUGAAGGGUCGCGACCUCUUGAGCCAGGAGCCCAAUUCCUAUAAAUCUGUUGUGCUAAGGGCCAGGACAAGGGCGCAGGGAAUGAUAAUGCACAAGGAUGUGAAACAGCGAAAGAAUUGCGAUCUCACUGCCAGCCGAUGUUUCACUACCAGAAAUAACUCAUUGAUGGCAAAGCCUCAAAAACAGUUAACUGCCAGGCAAGAGACACCAGACUACAUUGAAGGGGAGAUUGUGGCUGAAAAGUUAAAGGCACGAAACUCGGCUUCAAGGCUAGAGGGAGCAGAGGAGCAAAAAUUUCCCCUAUCACAUCCUUUGAAACGAAAAGGUUAUUGCACUUUUCCAUUAAUCCCGGCCAAAAGGCAACACCAGAUGUUAAAAGUGACUGAUAUCAGGACAGAGAAACAGAAACAAUUGCCCGGUCCUUCAUCAGACACUAAUCUAGGCAACACAGAGGAACCCCUUCAAGGUAGCAGCUGCAAGGGGCUUUCAGAGCACGCCAACAGCAAGGAACCCUCCCAACCUGACCCAAGCUGCCACUCGGGGAUUUCUGUCAAGACCCCACCAAAGACCAAAAUUCUCCCUCCCCGAAAAGGCAGGGGCCUCAAAUUAGAGGCCAUUGUGCAGAAGAUCACUUCUCCAAACUCCAAGUCAUUCGCCUGUAGCAACUAUUCCGAUAGCAAUGCACCCUGCCUGACCCUGGAUGAGAUCCUCUCCCUGAAGGAAGAGAAAUUGAAUGAAAACGCCAGCAGUGAGACAUCGUCCGAACAGAACAAACUGAUGGCCAAAGAAUCUGCUCCAAAGCUUGCCCUGAUGGAUCUAAGUAAAAAAUGUUUUAUCCCUUCCAAAAGACUCAAAGAGGACAAUGAAAUCAAGACACAGGAGAAGAGUUGUCCCCAUGUGAUGACUGAUGUGAAGGUGACAGCAGAGCCAGAAGUCACAGAGCUGGGAGACCAGAACACUGCAGGGGAGAAAGAGGAGGAGGUCACCACUGUUCCUGACAAUUCUCCUCAGCUCUCUUCCACCUUCUCAGUUUUGGCUCCCAUUUUGGAUCCAGGCACAGCAACAGAGGGGGAGAGUGGUCAGGAUGCUGUGGAGAUGAAAAGGCAUACUCCUCCCAAAUGUUGCCUCUCUCCUGCAAAGAGACACAGUCAGCUGUCGGGGAGUAAGGUCAAACAGACCAAGGGUAGUUGCAAAGUGAAAAGGCCAGGCGGCCGAGGUGGCAGGAGGAGGAGGAAACACCUCAAAGAGAGCAAGAUCACAAAAACUGCCCACAGGCGCAAGAAGCAGAUGAAGAGAAGGAAUCUCCCAUUGGUGGACAGCAAGGAGCCCGUAAUACGCUUGAAGUAUGUAUCAUACAAGAUGCCAAGAGCAAGUAACAAAACUCUGGCUUUUUCCCCUUACAUACGUGUAGAGAAGAAUAACGUGGUUUCGUCCUUCUGCACCAUUGUCAACACAUUGUCAGAGGAACAAUCCAGCAUCCAGAAGAUGAAGAAGAGGUCCACGGCUUCACAGGCCCCUUUGUCGAUGAGCAAGACGCUACCAACAUCUUCAGCAAUGUUACCGGGUCCAGUGGUGUUGGAUUCCACCAAGCAGGGUUAUCUGCUCUGCUGUUUAUGUGGAAGAGCCAAAAAUCACAAGGAACUUGGAGACUUGUUUGGACCCUAUUACCCAGAGGACUACAUCCCACCACUGACAAAGAACCAACACGUCCGGGGAAAAUUUGAGAUCAAAAUUGGUGUUAAAGAAACACCCAGUAGGCUGUCUGCUGAGCCCAAAGUGGUGGACUCGGAGAAUGAGAGCAUGGUCAGUAACAAGGAGAAGGCAGUUGAGAUGGAAGAUCAGGGUCCACUUCGGACCAGCUCAAGAGAGAAGUGCAAAAAGUUGAGCUGCUACUGCUGUGAGAAGACGACAGAAGACUCAGAGCUAAAGAAGGCAAGGAGGAGAGCGGGUGUGGAGGAAGAGCCACAGCCUCUGGAGCUGCCUCUCGACCCACAGGAGCGCUGGCUGCAUGGGGCCUGUGCGGUGUGGACCAGCGGCAUCUACCUGGCAGCCGGGAAGCUGUACGGUCUGCAGGAAGCAGUGGAAAUGGCCAGUGAGAUGAGAUGCUCUAUGUGUGAGCAGACGGGCGCCACUCUUGGCUGCUAUUCCAAGGGAUGCAAUCAGAAAUAUCAUUAUAUCUGUGCCAUUGAAUCGGGAUGCCAAUUAAGUGAGGAGAAUUUUUCAAUGAAGUGCUCAAAGCAUAAGAGCAUAUUGUCUAAAAUACUAUAACAGCAGGAAGGCUCUACUGUGCCAAGUGAUGUUAUCCCAUAUGUGUUAAACCAGACUGCAGUGAAUGAAUGUAUUGUCAAACAGUGCAGUUAAAAGGAUGGAAGGAUCAAACAUUGUAAAGCAACAUCAACUAUCCCACAAUGCCAAGAAGAUACCAAUAGAUUGACGUUCUCAACCAUUGAAUCCUUGAUGUAUCUUUCUCCAGUGGGGGGUGGGGAGGGGUGUGGGUUGGGAAAGGAAGGACAAUGGGUAGAUAAGGUUUCUAGUUUAAUUAAACAGCAAGGUGCCUGUAUCAUCACCAAAUUCAAGAAACUUAAAGUCAUCAGUUGUCUUAAUGUUGCUGUGCAGAUAAUCUUAUGGAGUGGGAUCCAGGGAAUCUUGCAAGGGAAUGUGAGGGGGUUGCAGAACCAUACUAACCUGCAGUCUGCUAUUAAAUGAUUUAAAAAAAAGCUUUGUGAAUGAGCAUAGUCUAAUUUGUUAGAGUUGGUAAUGAUAUACAUUUUGGAACAAGGACUGCUGAUUGCCUUGCUUUUUUUUAAGUGGUUGAGCUCACUGGUUAUUUUAUACAGUAAAAGGGUGAUGAUACCCAUGGCCCUUCCAAAGGAAGCACUAUGGGAGAUUAACUGUCUGACUCACAAAGUGCAAGUAUUCCCUUUAUCACAUGUGACAGUGUUUAUUGACUUUUAAAGUUAAUUUUUUAAAAGUUUGUUUUUAAAAAAGGCAAAGGAGGCCAACUGGCAUUGUUAUGGAGACAUUCCCAAUAUGUCAACUUUGGAACCAGGAGGAACUAUUCUUUCUGAAAUUAUUCAUGUAUCCAUGUGAAAAUAAUCAUUGAAAAUUAAUGGUGCCAGAUAUGUCUGGGUGGUUUGAUACCCAUUGGGAACUGAUCCACAACUCUUAAGCUUUCUUUCAAUGUGUAAUGUAUUGUACAUGUAAUGCAAUGACAAUUUUUAGGAAUAAAAAGCUGCAGGA